CUGUGGGAGCUGCUGGCACCCCAAGAUAACCCCAAACCCCACGCUGCAGGACAGGAACCAGGGCUCAGGCUGUGGCCCCAACGCUUCCUGUUCGACAGAAAGAAACACAGCGAGGCAGCGGCAGCAGCACGAAGCUGCGGGCACCCGGAGGACAGCGUUUGUGCCCUGCAGCCCCGCGCUCACCCAGCUGCACCGAGGCACAGCCAGCAAGAAACCUAACAGGUUGAAAAGCAAAGCUAAAGGACACGGUUGGUAAUUAGAGAGGGUAACUUCAGGCAGUGGCAGAAGGACAUAAGUUAUUCGCUCUCCAAGAAGGCCUCAACGCUUUGCUCAGCUCGGGGUGAGUAAUGGACCGCGUGUUUCCUUAAGCCUUACCUUGGUUUACAACAACUUCUGGUUAACUGAAGUGCUGCAGGGAGGCCUGAGGGAUGGCUGGGUGGGUGGCAGGGCCCCAGUGGGUGAGUGAGCCAUGGACGGGAACUGCAGGGUCACUGUGGUAUGGAGAAUAACACACGGAAAUAACCUGCUCAGCCUCUUGUAGCCCCAGAUCCCUUCUGCUGGAAGUGCGUGGCAGUAAGAACCACCCAAAAAGUGGAAUGCUGCUGGAAUUGCUCAGUAAGGGCCGGGUAAAAUUAGAGAUGCUUCAGAAGCUGUUGGAAGCUUCAAAGAAUGGGAUAUUCAAACAGAGAGCACAGGAGUGCUGCCCAUCUCUCGGAAGCACCAGAUCACCCAGCCGUGCAGCAGCGCUCUGGUUUGCAGGCACUUCCUCUGCCCUAUGCAGGAGCAGCUGGCCAGUGGCACAUCCAGACCAAAGGAGAGGCUCACUGCAGACUAACAAGCAUGGAAGUGUUAUAUACAUAAAUGGGUUUUUACUUGCUCGCAUUUUUUCCCCCCAUUAAACUCAAUGACUUCCUAAUUGCUUGAGACAGAAUGAGACCAACAGAGUUUUUUUGUUUGUUUGUUUUUGGCAAAAAAACUCACCCUGCAGAUGCACAUGGUGCAGUAGUGCAGGUGCUCAGCCGCCCACCUGGCUCAGGCCACAGAAUACCCCCCAAAUACAGAGCAGAGGUGGAAUUUGUGCGGGUCACAGCACCCACCCCAACGAGCAGCGAGCGCAGGGUGGGAUGGGUUACACCAUCAGCACACUGAGCUCACAGACAACACAUCCUACUACAACCACCACCACCCCUCGGUUUUAGCAGGACAGGGGGUCUCGCUAUGAUCAGCCCCCCAGAACGGGCCCGGCCGCGGCGUGCAGGCGAAAGCUACGAGGAGAAAUGCGAGCGGCGACAGGAGACACGCGAGGCUUUGCGGCGCCGUGGCCACGCACACAGCGCCCGGCGGCCGGGCCGCAGCGAGGAGCAGCCACAGAGCCCACGGCAGAGAGAGUUCCUGCGCAGGCGGAACCUCGGGAGCACCGCCGGGGAGCUCAGCGCACCCGUGCUGCUCCAGCGCCCAUGGAGUCACCCUGUGUGCCCAUCCACACUCGCCCCACUUGGGCUCAGCAGUCCUACAGGCAUUUUGGCUGAAGCCAUCCCUAGGCCACACUCCUCUACAAGCACCAGAGGAACUCAGACUCCUGCAAGCACAAGGGUGAAGGACUCAGGCCAACAGACAGACUGUGGAAAUACAGUUUUCAAUAAGGAAAUCGUGCAGCUCUCUGGUUACCUGAAGGAGGCCCUGCACCGUGAGCUGCUGCUGAAGCAGAAGAUGGUGAUCCUGCAGGAGCUGCUCGCCACACUGCUGCACGCCUCCGAGAAGUCCUGGCAGGGUCAGCUGAAUGAAGAUAAACUCAAGUGUAAACUGAGGGCCCUGGAAAAUCAGCUGCAGGCCUGCACCCAGAGUUACUCAAAGGAGUGUGUGAAGAAGAUCCUGAUAGAGAUGGAGGACCAGAAGCAGACCUACGAGCAGAAGGCAAAGGAGGCUCUGCAGAAAAUGCUCGAGGACAAACUCCAGGCAGAGCAGCAGCUGCAAAACUCUCAGAGGUGCCUGGCUGUGACGAGGGAGGACCUUGCCUUCUGGAAGGAGCACUACACCAUGCUCAAAUCCGAAUUGGCCCAGAUGACCAAGGCACACAGCGAGCUCAAGAGCAACCUCCACGCCCUGCAAAGCCAACUGCAGCACACAGCUACACGGAAUGAGGAGCUCUGCCAGGCCCUGGACUUCCUGCAGCACGAGCACGCUGAGCUCCAGCAGCACGCUGACACCCUGCAGCAGGACAACCAGCUCCAAGCCAAGCACAUCUGCAACAUCGAAGGUAAAUUGCAAAAAGAACAAAAUCAGAAGCUAAUAUUGGAGGCAACAAUCAGCCAGCUGCACAACCUGAUGCAGAACCAGACCAAUGAGCAGAAAACACAGGAAGUGAUGGUGCAAAGGAAAGAUCAGGUUUUCACCACGCAGAACCCACCUCUCACUCCUGCCAAGGAAGUGCAAAAUGUUCUGUCUGAGCAUCCCAAGGAGAAGGCAGAAGAAAGCCUGAGGGAUGAGAUACAGGAAAGGACAUCCCAGCUUACAGCAAAGGAGAAAGAGGUAUGUAUGGGCACACGAGCAGCAGAAGGGGAAAUCCCCCCUCGUCACAUUGCACACACACAGGUGAAGCACCAUAGCUGCUGUGGUAGCCCUGCCAGUUCUGGGGUGCCUGAAGCCACAGGAUUCCCUUCCACUGACUCCUGCCUCCAUUCCCUCCCUCUCUCCCCCCCCUCCCAGUGCCAGGAGCUGCGUGCAGAGCUGGAGGCACUAAGUGAGGAGUACCGCUGCUGCCUGAGCUGCCUGCGCCAGUGCCGCCAGGAGCUCAACCAAAGCCAGAUGGUGAAGAGACAACGUGGUAACUGGCUCCCUCUUCUGCUGGCAGUGAUAGCAAUAGCCAUGGCUGCUGUGCUGGCCAGCUACAAACCAUGAGCACCUCCUCAGUGACUUCCAUGCAGAACUGACUCCUGACCUGCUGGCAGCAACCUGCCUUCACUGCAGUGCUCCUUCUACCGCUCCUUGCCUGCUUCUGGCCGAGACCCGAGCUGGUUUCGGCCAGACAAACUGACACAGCUCCAAUAAAUGUGGGGAGAUCACCCUUCUCUUCCA